AUGUCAACAGAUAUUAUUAAACCACGCUUAGUAUCAGAUAUUUUGAUAAAAAUUUUUAAAACUCUUGGUGCUCAUGAUUUGCUUUCAGCACUUUUAGUUAAUCGUGAAUGGAGCCAAGUUGCUGUUCCAAUAUAUUGGAGAGCUCCAUUCAGUUAUAAGAAAAAACGAAGCAUGCUCGCAUUAAAAAUUUAUCGUUUAUUUCUUGAACAACAAGAAAACGAUACGAUUCAUUCGUCUCAAACUACAAUUAAAACCCUUCCAACGCUUUACGAUUAUCCAUUUUUCCUUAAAGAACUCAACUUUACAAACCUACUAGAACUUGAUAAAGAUAUCACAAACGUCGAUGCAAUACUUAAAAUGUUAACAAGUCGUGAAAUCCGUCUAACUACUUUUAUUAUGGAUAAUACCGGCACAAACAAUGAUAAACUUUACG